AUGUGCUCAGUAAUUUUAUAUUGUAUGAGCGCGUUGCUGGCUACCAGCUUCGCAGCGGAGAUGCAGUGGACCCCGUACAACAGCCUGCUGCAACAAGCUUCCUCACCAUUCCAGGAGGCAGCCUCUCAACAUGAUCAACAAUUCCAAGCCAGUGACUAUUCAGGCGGGUACGAUUUCGGCGGCCACGGUGGAAGCCACGACGGUGGAGACUAUGGAGGCCACGACCUAGGAGGACACGACUUCGGUGGACACGACCUCAAGGCCCACGUCUACCCAGUCCACCAACACGUCGAAGAAGAAAACCCUGAACCAAUCAAGCACUACAAAGAAAUUGUCGUCCCUCUGCCUAAGAACGUAGAGUUUAAAAUCAAUCAGCCGGUAAUCAUUCCUGUACCACACCCGAUUCCAAUUCAGGUCCCUGUACCGAAGGCCGUAGUGAUCCCCAUCAUCAAAGAAGUUUCUAUCCCCGUUGAGAAGUCUGUUCCCUACCCAGUGGAGAAGAUUGUUCAUGUACCAAAAGUCAAAGAAGUGCCUUUUGAAGUGGUGAAGCACAUUUUGGUUCCAGUUGAAAAGCCGGUGCCUUUCAAGGUCCCCGUUUAUGAAACUAUCAUCCACACUAAGAAAGGACAGCACAAGAUUUAA